ACGGGCUUGCGGGGUGGUGGCUUAGACUGGACGCUCACACCACGUGAUUUAUUCUGUCUGGCGGCAUGACAGAGGGCUUUUGCUUGUUCUUGAGUGUGUGUGUGUUGGGGGGCGGGUGUUGUUGAUCAAUAAUUCUCCCUCUUCCCCUCUGAGUUCGGAACUAAUUGAAGAAAUGAGCAAAGGUGCCAGACAGACUCCUGUUGGGCAUCCGAUGGGCUGGGGUCAAGCGGCUUAAGUGUGUGGAAGCCCUGACCAACCCAGUCCUUCCUGGUGAGUCCUCUCUCACCACUCCUCUGGCCUGAAUGUCAUGAUCCCAACCACAGUUGGCCUGGUGCAGUGGUUGGGGCGUGAUACUCCAGUGUGAGGGCUUCCAUCUAGGUGGUGACCACCCUGCACUUCCUUUGGGCCACCGCCCAGGAGGUCUCUUGCUGAGCCAAGUCGGGUUUCCUCUGCUGCCUCAGGGCUUCACCCCCACCCCAGGAUGUCCACCUGUCUUAGUCAGAGCUGCCACGUAGUGGGAGCCUGUUGAUUCCAGCAGCAGCAGCAGGUACUAGGGGUGCAGGGAGAGGAGUGGCUGCCUCUGUCACCCCCAGUCUCCACUUCAUGCAACUUUAUUUUUCUGAAUAAAGGCGUUUGCCAACUCCUAGCCAAAUGUGAUUUAAUCUUGACAGCUUUUCCGUUUUUCCAAUAAAAUAUUCCGCAAUAGGGGAUCACCUUACUUGUACAUUGUUCCAGUGCCUGGUUUGUAAGCUCUGCCCCCCACAAGCUGGCAGGUCCUUGUGAAAAGGGGAAUGACCAGCAAACAGAGUGGACCUGAGGCCACUUGUUUGGUUGAGAAAAAUGCUGAAAGUGUGAAACUGCCUUUUUAAACCAUUUUUCCCCAGACUUGUUGGCUGGCUACCUGUUUGGUUUGCUGUGGUCUGUGUCGGCAAUGGCUCCUGGUUUCCAACAGGAAAUCCUUGGUGGCUGAGCAAAUCUGUGACCCAGGAAACAGAAGCUAAACGUCUGGGAUGCUGGCACGAAGCUGGUGUGUGUUCUGAGGGCCCAGAGCACCGCCGCCCACCAUGGACCCGGACCCGCAGGCGGGUGUGCAGGUGGGCAUGCGCGUGGUGCGCGGCGUGGACUGGAAGUGGGGCCAGCAGGACGGCGGCGAGGGCGGCGUGGGCACGGUGGUGGAGCUCGGCCGCCACGGCAGCCCCUCGACCCCCGACCGCACUGUGGUCGUGCAGUGGGACCACGGCGCCCGCACCAACUACCGCGCCGGCUACCAGGGCGCGCACGACCUGCUGCUCUACGACAACGCCCAGAUCGGCGUGCGGCACCCCAACAUCAUCUGCGAUGGCUGCAAGAAACACGGGCUGCGGGGCAUGCGCUGGAAGUGCCGCGUCUGCGUGGACUACGACCUGUGCACGCAGUGCUACCUGAGCAGCAAGCACGACCUCACCCACGCCUUCGAGCGCUACGAGACGGCCCACUCGCGCCCGGUCAUGUUGAGUCCCCGCCAGGGCCUCCCAAGGAUCCCACUGAGGGGCAUCUUUCAGGGGGCGAAGGUGGUGCGAGGCCCCGACUGGGAGUGGGGCUCCCAGGACGGAGGGGAGGGGAAGCCAGGUCGAGUGGCAGACAUUCGUGGCUGGGAUGUGGAGACGGGCCGGAGCGUGGCCAGUGUGACGUGGGCCGAUGGCACUACCAAUGUGUACCGCGUGGGCCACAAGGGCAAGGUGGACCUCAAGUGUGUGGCGGAGGCGGCUGGUGGCUUCUACUACAAGGAACACCUCCCAAGGCUCGGCAAGCCAGCAGAGCUGCAGCGCAGGGUGAGUGCCGAUGGCCAGCCCUUCCAGCCUGGGGACAAGGUCACGUGUCUGCUGGACACGGACAUCCUGAGGGAGAUGCAGGAAGGCCAUGGCGGGUGGAACCCCAGGAUGGCGGAGUUCAUCGGACAGAUGGGCACCGUGCACCGCAUCACGGACCGUGGGGACGUGCGCGUGCAGUUCAGCCACGAGACCCGCUGGACCUUCCACCCCGGGGCUCUCACCAAGCACAACUCCUUCUGGGUGGGUGAUGUGGUGCGGGUCAUCGACGACCUUGACACAGCGAAGCGGCUGCAGGCCAGGCAUGGCGAGUGGACAGAUGACAUGGCGCCUGCCCUGGGCCGAGUCGGGAAAGUGGUGAAGGUUUUCGGAGAUGGGAACCUGUGUGUGGCGGUUGGUGGUCAGCUGUGGACCUUCAGCCCCUCCUGCCUGGUAGCCUAUCGGCCUGAGGAGGAUGCCAACCUGGAUGUGGCCGAGCGUGCCAGGGAGAGCAAAAGCUCCCUGAGUGUUGCCCUGGACAAGCUUCGCACCCAGAAGAGUGACCUGGAGCACCCAGGGAGGCUGGUGGUGGAGGUGGCCCUGGGCAACGCGGCCCGGGCUCUGGACCUGUUGCGGAGGCACCCUGAGCAGGUGGACACCAAGAACCAGGGCAGGACGGCCCUGCAGGUGGCUGCCUACCUAGGCCAGGUGGAGCUGGUGCGUCUGCUGCUGCAGUCCCGGGCGGGCAUGGACCUGCCGGAUGACGAGGGCAACACAGCUCUGCACUAUGCAGCCCUGGGGAACCAGCCUGAGGCCGCCCGCUUGCUCCUGAGUGCAGGGUGCCAGGCCAACGCUCUCAACAGCGCCCGGAGCGCGGCGCUGCACGUGGCGGUGCAGAGGGGCUUCCUAGAGGUGGUGCAGGCCCUGUGUGAGCUGGGCUGCGAUGUCAACCUGCCCGAUGCCCAGGCUAACACGCCCCUGCACUGUGCCAUCUCUGCGGGCACCGGCGCCAGCGGCAUUGUGGAGGUCCUCACUGAGGUGCCGGGCAUUGAUGUCACUGCCACCAACAGCCAGGGCUUCACCUUGCUGCACUACGCAUCCCUCAAGGGCCACACGCUAGCUGUCAGGAGGAUUCUGGCUUGGGCGCGGCAGCUGGUGGAUGCCAAGAAGGAAGACGGUUUCACCGCAGUGCACCUGGCCGCCCUCAACAACCAUCAGGAGGUGGCCCAGAUUCUCAUCCAAGAGGGCCGCUGUGAUGUGAAUGUUCAAAACCGUAAGCUCCAGAGCCCGCUGCAUCUGGCCGUGCAACAGGCCCACAUGGGGCUGGUGCCGCUGCUGGUGGACGCGGGCUGCAGCGUCAACGCGGAGGACCAGGAGGGGGACACAGCCCUGCACGUGGCGCUGCAGCGUCAUCAGCUGCUGCCCCUGGCGGCUGAUGGGGCCAGGGGGGACCCAGGGACUGUGCAGCUGCUGUCCAGGCUGCAGGCUUCGGGCUUACCGGCCAGCGCGGAGCUGACGGUGGGCGCAGCGGUCGCCUGCUUCCUGGCGCUGGAGGGCGCCGACGUGAGCUACACCAACCACCGAGGCCGCUGCCCGCUGGACUUGGCUGCCGAGGGCCGUGUGCUCAAGGCCCUGCAGGCCUGUGCCAGGCGCUUCCGGGAGCGGCAGGCGGACGCGGGCACGGCCCCAGGCCCCAGGCCGGUGGUCAGCAUCCCCAACACCAUGAUGAACCUGCACGUGGCCACGCCUUCAGGGCCGGAGGCAGCCGAGUGCCUGGUGUGCUCCGAGCUGGCGCUGCUGGUGCUGUUCUCUCCGUGCGAGCACCGCACGGUGUGCGAGGAGUGCGCACGCAGGAUGAAGAAGUGCAUCAGGUGCCAGGUGGUCAUCAGCAAGAAGCUGCGGCCAGAUGGCACCGAGGUGGCCGGCGCAGCCCCCGCACCCGGCCCUCCGAGGCAGCUGGUGGAGGAGCUGCAGAGCCGCUACCGGCAGAUGGAGGAGCGCAUCACCUGCCCCAUCUGCAUCGACAGCCACAUCCGCCUCGUGUUCCAGUGCGGCCACGGCGCCUGCGCGCCCUGCGGCGCCGCGCUCAGUGCCUGCCCCAUCUGCCGCCAGCCCAUCCGCGACCGCAUCCAGAUCUUCGUGUAGCCGCGCCCCUCGCUCGGGAGCCACGUCCCGGCACCACCCUCGCGAGCCCCCCCUAUGUUUUAUAAAAAGAUUCACAGACUUUG